AUGACGGAACAGGAUGCGAGCCCCCAGCACCUCGUCCUCCCACGGCCCCACGGCCACCGAACCACCUCGCGGGACCGCCAUGCUGCCCCAGCCAGCCCAGAGACGGGCGAGUCGAGCCACUCGGGCAGCAUCAUGAACAGCACCUGGACCACAGAUGCCACCCUGGCACAGCGACCCUCCCACGAUGACGCCCCCGGUAACGGCCAGGCUGGCGGCCAACAGAGGGCCGGUGAUGUUGCGAGAGAACACAAGAGGCAGUCUCGCCAAUCGAGGCCACAUAAACCCCGAUCUAGCGGCGCGUUUCUCCUCUCCGACCCCUUUGACGACACCGUCGUGGACGACACGCGAGCCCACAGGCACCGCUCGAGGCGCACCGUCGAAAAGGGCAAGGGCAAAAGCCAGCGCACAUCAACAAGACACAGCGAUGAGCACAUACAGAAUGGCAGACACUCGGGUCUCGGCCUAGGUCUUUCUCCAGGCCCGGAAAGGUUGGGGAACGGUUCCGCAGAAAGACCGCCAGGCACCUCACCUGGAGCUCUGGGGAGCGAUGCAAGGCAAGAUCAGGCGCAGGCGGGCCCGAGGGCACCCUCUCCGCGCUCUUCUACCUCGUCUCUGGAUAUGGACUCGACACAAAUCGUCAAUAUGGCGUUGAAUUUGAGCGAGUCAAGGCGCAUGGCGCAGAGAAGGAAUUUGUCGCAGCCCUUACCUCCGAGACUUGUACCGCUGCCCACAGACAGUGCCGUGGCAGGAAGCCUUAGACAGCAGCUGCAACAGCAAAGAAGGGUCUCACGUACCAUGUCUCCAAAGCCAGAACGUGGAGCCCUGUCGAGGUUAGGAUCCAGCGGCAAAGUCAGCUCCUUACAACCUGCCUUCGACCCUAUAAACGACGGCGGUAGCUACAGAUACCACUUUUCUAGUUCAACAAUGGCAAGGGCUCAAAAGGCGAAAGACUACAUGGAACUUCUUGCUCAAUAUCGCCGGGCGCUCGAAUUAUUACCACCCUUGAAACCGAACACACUAUCCAAGGCUUCAACCGCGAGUGAUUAUCCCCUCUCGGCCUCUGCGUCUGUCAAUCCACUUAACUUCGAUACUGCCAGUCAGAUCGGCCGUUCAUACGACCCUCUACAGUAUAUCAGGAAUCGGAAGGUCAGGGCCAGGGAGAGGAAGACCAUCGAUGGCGAGAGCCAAGGCUUCGGCGACGUGAGUAGGGUUACUGACUGGGUCGACGAUGUUGCAAAAUGGGUCGCCACUCGCCAAAUGAGAACUCCAGGCAGCUCUGCUCUUCCACCAUUCGCUGGCGCCGAUGUGAUCACAGUUGAGACGUCACCGCCGUCCCAUGUGUCCCGGCCCUCGAAUGCUAUCGCGAAACCGAAGCGGCCCAGGAACGACUGGACCAUCGAUCCGGCAGAUCUUGUGGCAGAUAUCUACUGGCUGGAACAGGAUGAUCAUAAGCGACUGGUAGAGGACCGUAAUUGGCGCCGCGUUUUCCCACAAGACGCAGGCCUAUACCGACCGCUUUCGCAGGCUACGAACGAUGGUUCACCUGCAUUUGCUUCCAAAACCGCGCAGCUCCAACUCCCAGGGGCAGAAGACGGGACAGGCAGGUCAGCUGCGGAGGCCAAAGCAGCGAAAGCCGAUCAUGAUCAUGCCUCGGGCGGCACACGUGAAAGAGCGCGCCAAAAGCUGCAGGAGCUUAGGAGCUUCCAUCGCCACACAAAUUCAUCGCACAAUCACUCGCAUAAUCCGCUUCGUCGACGAGACUCAUCCUCCUCAAGUUCAUCGGACUCGGACAGCCAGAAGAAACGGAGCAGGAAGAACACAAUAGAUAUCGACAAGGAUAUUCUCGAGAAGCAAAUGAUGGAGAUGAUUGCCCGGGAAGCCCAAGAAAACGUGGCAAAGUUGACACAGGAACCGGAGCUAAAGGAAUUGAAGUCUCUCCCAUCAAACUUAAUCAGCCCAGAUCGUCCGGAAAACUCAGACUCAACUGGAGGCAGUCGCCUACACAGCCGCAGAGAGUCUCUUAUCAACGUUGGCGGUUUCGAGGACAAAGAUCACGUCGAACGACCGAAGAUCACUUCAUCACAGCGCCCAAGCCGGGAAAGCUUGGAAGUUCCUCCUUUGUGGGGAAGACCAUCCCUGGAAUCCGAGUCUUCUCUGCCAAACUCACCUGAAGCCCGCCCCUCACGUCGCGAUAAUUACUUCAUGCCUGGCAUUGGCGCGGAUUUGUCGCCGUCCUCUAGCAGGACUGGAUCGCCAUCGAGGAAUCCCUUCUCCAAAGUCAGGCAGAUGUUCCGCGACCGCAGUCGAGAACGGGCUUCGGAGCGCCCGCAUGAGAUCCAUUCAAGUGAGAAGGAGGACGGUAUUGAAGUCAUCGCCACCACAUCAGAUAGGCUAUCUAGUACUCCCGAACUGGUAGACAAACGAGGACGAUCGCGCUCAAGGAACGGCUCUGUCGGCCCCGAGCCGAAGAUUACAUCACGGCCUACGGGAGACAGCCAGAAGUCGCAUCGCAAAACGAAUAGCAUGCGUCUUGGUGACCCCGGUGCCAGCCUGCGAAGUCUUUUCAAGGGCCCGCGAAUCGACAGCGUCCUCAAGUCAGGUGUUUCCAAAGUCAGCGAGCUGUUGUGGAAGAAAGAAUCGGAAGCUGAGGACUCCGACUCUUCGACUUCAUCCUCCGAUGGCACUGACGCGGAGGAUCGUGGUAGACUCAAGCAGGGCAAAUCGUUGUCUCCAAGUGCCUCGAUCAGGGGUCGACCGGGACAUGUCAAGCAAGAGUCGAAGCAUUUCCUCGAUGUCAUGCCACCUUUCGUGUCUACAUCAGACACUAGGGAUAGUGGCGGCCGCCACGCAUCUCUGGGAGUUCCGCUGUCGAGGCCGUCUAGCCGUCGGUCGACCCGGUUCGAGCUCUUGAAGCCUCCAAGAAUAGAUAUCUCGGUUGCAGACUCCUCUACGGACACACAGAAGGAUGCAGGAGUCGAUGUCUCAGACACCGAAGUGCUCAUGAGUAACAUUCACGAAGAGCCUAUGUUUGGUAGCAGACGCCCAAGCACGGCAUUGUCUGUACAGUCGCCCAAGACGCGUCGGUUCUCCUCGGCGUUCAACAGGGACAGUCGUCACUUCUCUAUAUCAGAUCAGAAUUCCGCGCCAGAACGAGCGCCGUUGACCAGGCGAGAGGUCGCUCGUGUCAGAGCACUAAUGCUAAGCUCUGGCGUCAUGGCCAUGAAUAUAUCCCGUCGGGCCCACCAAGCGCAGGUGCUCGAUGCCUCGACGAUCAACGAAAGCAACGACGUUCUUUCGGCCCUCGGGAACAAAGUCUCCUGGCCCGAGAUCACCCAGCUCGCGCCCGAAGAACAACGCCAGGAGCUCCUCAGACAGCCCGUCUCAGAGGCGGACCUCUUCCCUGUCACGGCGCGGGUGCUAGGAACGGCGAUCCAGACGUCGAGGCAGCGGUGGGAGUCUGCGGCCGAGUCGUUCCGGCACCGGACGCGCAACGAAGUGACCGGGCAAAUCGAGCAGCUGCGGACGCGGCUGCAGCUGGACCUGAGUGCGAUGACCCGGACGGCGGCGGAGGAGGCGGAUGAGGUCAGCGGGGACCUGGUGGACGGGCAGCGGCGCAAGGUCAAGGCGGUGGUGGACGUCAUCGACAAGCUGUCGCGGCGGCGGCGGCGGCGGUUCCGCUGGGCGCGGCGCGCGGGCUGGCUAGCGCUCGAGUGGGCGCUGGUCGGGUUCAUGUGGUACGUGUGGCUCGUUGUCAUGAUCGCCAGGAUAUUCCUCGGCGUCGGCAAGGGAUUUGUCCGCGGCGUGAGGUGGCUGCUGUGGCUGUAG